AUGUCGCAAGACACAGGACUUUUCAGUAUUAAACGCCCCCGCGAGACUCUGGGAAGCGUGCAAAAUUACUCAUCACUUCCGCAACCCUCGUCAGCCUUGAAGCGCACCAGCUCAAUUGGAUUCCAAAACCCCCCUUUCACCUCCCAGCACGCGCGCUCGAUGUCACUAUUAAAUUCUGUAGGCCGUCCCCAGCAGCCGAACUUCCAGCGAUCAUCUUCAGGAGGAUUCGGUGCAGAUCCCGGGCUCUCAUCUGUCAGGCGUUCUGUCUCAAGCAAUAUCUUCCAUGGAGCUGGCGCUGGACGUCCAAGUUUUGCUCCAGGCUCGCUGUCUUCCAAUACGGCCUCUCAGAACCUACAAAGACGAAGCAGCGUGUUCUCACGACCUUCUACGGGUGGUGCUAUGGGCCAUCAGUCAUUCUUCACACAAGUCCCAUCGGCCGCAGGCGUUCCCAGAGAUCCGCGACCUCUUCGCGACAGGUCUUUUCAGGCUCGAAUCUCACAGGAGCUUCUAGAGUACCUGACCCAUAAUAACUUUGAGCUCGAAAUGAAGCAUUCACUUGGUCAAAACACUCUUCGAUCACCAACUCAAAAAGAUUUCAACUAUAUCUUCCAAUGGCUGUACCAUCGAAUCGAUCCUGGAUACCGGUUCCAGAAAGCCAUGGAUGCGGAGGUUCCACCAAUUUUGAAGCAGCUACGCUACCCAUACGAAAAGGGCAUCACCAAGUCCCAGAUCGCGGCUGUUGGAGGUCAGAAUUGGCCUACAUUUUUAGGAAUGCUACAUUGGUUGAUGGAAAUCGCACAAAUGAUGGAUCGAUAUGUCCUAGGGGAGUAUGAUGAGGCGUGUGCGGAAAUGGGAGUGGAUGUUUCGGGAGAUCGGAUUAUCUUUCGUUUCCUUACAGGUGCCUACCAUGACUGGCUACAGGGUGGAGAAGAGGAAGAUGACGAUGCCGCCGGGCAGAGGCUAGUUCCUCAUAUCGAGCUCAUGGCCCAAGAGUUUGAGAAUGGUAACGAGAAAUACGUGAACGAAAUGACGUCGUUGGAUGCUGAGAACCGGUCACUACGCGAUCAAAUUGAAGAGUUGGAGAAGAAUGCCCCGGACAUGGCGAAGCUCGACAAGCAAUUCAGGAUUUUGGAGGACGACAAGAGAAAAUUCGAAGACUACAUUCAAAAUGUGCAAGGCAAGAUCGAGAAAUACGAAAGUCGCAUCAAUUUCUUGGAAGAGGAGAUCAAGAAGACAGAAUCGGAACUGCAAACCGCCGAAGAAGAACGGGCGGGACUUCAGGCUAGCGUUGAUCAGCAAGGCCUCACGAUUCAGGAUAUUGACCGCAUGAAUACCGAAAGGGACCGGCUUCAAAAGAGUCUCGACGACACUAUAAAUCGGCUGGAAGAGACACAUGCACGAGUGAUGGCCAAAGAAUCCGAAGCAAGCGGGAAACUCGAAGACUUAGAGGAACUUGUCAAGGCCUAUAACACGCUUGGAUACCAAACCAGCCUUAUCCCUUCAACAGCCGUCAACGCUAACGGCCAGGAGUAUGAGCUCAGUCUGAACGUGAACGAACGCAGCUUUUCCACGUCACAAAUCGGAGGCGUCCCUAGCAGGAUCUCCCCUGAAGCCGACAGACUUCUAGCCGAACCUUUCACAGGAUAUCACCCAGCACACUUGCUGAAUUUGGAUCUGCGCGGCAUGGUUCGCAGCAAUCUGCAAACACUCCGGAAAGACAUAAACGAGCGAAGAAAGCGUGGCAUUGAUGCCGACCUGGAGAGACGGAACCUGUUGGACAACAUCAAGGAGGCCAUGGAUGAGAAGCGAAGCGAGGUCGAGGCUUUGGAACAUAAGCGACGUACGGCGGAGGAAGAGUUUGAGCGACUCAAGGAAGUGACGACCACCCAGAAACUCGCCUCAGAUGCACAGAUCGAGAAGAUGGAAAAAGAGCUAGCCAAAAUGCGAGCCACGAUGAGUGAGAGUGUUCAGCUAAUGGAGCAGCGUGAAAUGAACACCAAUAUUGAGUACGAGCAGCUUACACUCCGAGCCAAUGCGCUCCGGGAAGAGCUGCACACCAAUGUGGAAAGCAUGUUGAACGACAUUAUCCGGUUUAAGGUCCAUGUACAGAAAGGCUUGGAGGAUUACGAAAACUUUAUUGUGGACGAAGUGGAACAAGAGCUGGGCGGCGACGGGCAGAUGGCCGAAAACGCGCCUCUCUCCACGGAGGAACUUUGA